AAUAUGUAAUACAUAACGAGGCUAUCCUGUAUGUUGAGGGUUAGAAUGUGGAAAGGAUUUUGAAAGCAUUUUUUUCCUUAUUAUAAAGGACAAGGUCGUUUGACAACAUCAUCAGAAAUUAUUUGCAGAUAGAGAAGAAUUUAAACAAGAGAUAAGUAAAAAUAGACCGGUUUAAGAAAAUGAACAAGGAUGAUAAUACGUGUCCAAUUUGUAAAGAAGAUCUAAUAACUAAGAAACCCAAACGAUUACCAUGUAAUCUAUCUCAUGUAUUUUGUAGAGAUUGCCUAAUUAAUUUAGAGAAAUAUUUACAAUUAAAAACUGGUGAUAAAUUCCCUUGUCCUAUUUGUAAAACCUACUCAAAAUGGCCAAGAGGUGGUGUUGACUCUUUCUCAGAUAUCGUCAUUUUCGACAAUACAAAUCAAAUUGAAAAUGUUGAAGAUAUCUACGUUGAAAGAAUUCAACAAGAGAAUUUUGCAGAUGAAUUCAAGAGAAUCUUAUUAACAGAAAUUAAUAAUUCAGAAGAAUUGAAAAGAAGUGAAUUGAAUAAAUUAGAUAAUAAGAUAAAUAUUCUUAAAGCAUCUAUUAAUAAGAAACAAGCUAUUUUGAAAGAUGAGUUGGAGAUUUUCUAUUCUCAGAAACAGUCAAAAUUAAGAGAGAUGAUGAGGGAGUGUGAAUUUUUGAAACAAAUUCCACCAUUAUCCGGAGGAAGGAUUAGUUGUAUCUUCAGAGAAAAAUACGAUUCUAUUAAGGAAGAAUUAACAGAGUUAAGAGAGAAAAUAGUAAAAACAGAUGCUAUACUUGUAACUCCCAACGAAGAUGUACAAAUUGGAUCAGUAGUUUUCUCUCAUUCUGAUCAAUCUCGCGACAAAAGAGAGAUUUUCGUCGAAGGUUACCUAAGUAAAAUUAGAUCAUUUAAUGGGGCGAUCUUUGCCUUUUCAUCAACGAAAGAUACAAUAAGUUGGACAAAUAUUGAAACUGGAGAAAAUAUGUCGUGGUCAAUGAAGCAAAAUAGUGGAUUUUUAGAUCAAGAAAUAUGCCUAGGUGGAGAUGGAUUAAUCUAUUUAUAUCAUGGUACAAAUUUUGAAUCUUCGAGAAUUUUUACGAUAGAUUCUCAUUUUAAAGAAGCUAGAAAAGAAAAAAAAGUUAAAGCUUACGUUCGUCUAACAGAUCCCCAGUACAUAACCUUUUCAAAUGUUCUAUUUUUUAUGACGGAUUCAUUAUUUAUUAUGUAUGAUAAAGCUCAAAAAUUAUUGGCAAAUAUGGAUUUAAAAAAAUCAAUUAUCGAUUUAAAAGUUAUAAAAAACAAGGUUUUCUUUCUACUUUCGAAUGGUAAAAUAAAGAAAGUUGAAAAUGGAAGUUUAAUUGAUUUAAAAAUAACAAAAAUUGAUGGAAAUUUUUCAAUAAUUGACGAUAUAAUUCCAAAAUUGAGGGAUGAUGAUAAAUUUUUACUUUUUGAUGAUAGUUUUAUAUAUAUGGUUACUGAAAAUUCAAAAAAAACAACUGCUUAUUGCCAAAAGCAUUUAUUUACAAAUGAUCGUAUAAAAGGAUAUAAAAUUGGAAUAAAUAAGGUCAUUUUUGCUGUUGUUAGCAAUAGAAUUAAAGAUAAGAUUACAAUGAAAUAUUUUGAUUUUUAGUAUAUUUUUUUUUAUGUUCUCUUUGGUUUUUAAAAAGCUGGAUAACAUAAAUUUCUCUUUUUAAUUUUUUUAUGUUAUUACAAAAAUAGAAGCUAAUAAACAAUAUUUUUCAAGAAAUCUAUCUCUCUCUCUCUCUCUCUCUCUCUUACCUAUUUUUCUGCGCUAAUAUCUUUAUUAUAGGAUUAGAAAAGCUACAGCUCAAAGGGAUAUUCUUAUUAUUUAUGCUAAUUUUAAACAAACUGAUCUGCUGUUAAAUGUAAAUUGAUACUUAACUCUGCUCAUUAUUUCUUCGACAGAGGAUUGAUUUUCAACAUCAUUCAGUAGUGUAGUAGAAGAAUGAUUUUGAAAAUAUUUUACUUUCUUUCAAUUAUAAUUAUAACUCAAAAUCUCUUUGUUGGAAGUAAUGAUUGUCCUCCACAAAGUGUAGAUAAACUCGAUUUUAAAACUAAACAUUUACGAGAAGACGACAACACAGUAACUUUGCUGAUUGAAGCUAAACAUCAAAAUUCUACCGCACCUAUUGUUUUUCCGAAUACAGUACAAUUUAAAAACAUUAAAAACAUGUUUUAUAUAUUUAGUUACGCAUGUUCAAUAAAUGGAUAUGAUGACAUAUUGCACUAUGGCCUUAUGUAUAGAGUGAAAAUAGAGAAUGGGCAAAAUGCAAUAGAAAAAGUAAAACAAGAACAGAGAUCACAUUGGCAGUUAAGUGUUUUAAAACCAACAAACUAUGUAAAUUGUUUAUAUUAUAGAUACAAAAAAAACCCUUAGACAUUUCUGUAACUAUUUAUAGUUUUCUAUCAUAAUAACUUCGGCAAGAACGAUCGGUCUUUAGUAUAUGCUCGAUUCAAUAGAAAAUCUUUUCAUUUUUGUCAAAAUAAAACAACUAAUAUCAAAGAGUUGUGUAAACUUUCAUACGAACGUUCAC